GAGUUUUUGUUUGUUGCUUUUUACGAAACGGCAUUCCGAGGAUUAUCGCAUCGUGUGUUCGUGAUUCGCAGACAGACAGUGAGAGCCAAUGUGAGACACAGAAAGUGGGAAAACACAAACCAUUCAAGAGUGUGCUGUAACCAAGAAACUAAAAUCAGAACCAGAACGAUUAGUGUGAUCAAGCAAUCCAAGUGAUCAAAGCAGUCAAGCAGUCAGAGUGACAGACAGUGUGAGCGAUUGUGUGAGCGUGUGCAGCAGUGUGUGCGGUACGCACGCAUGAGUAGGCUCUGAAUGCCGCUGCUGAUCGAAAGUAUGGUUAAGAUCGAGCCCAGCAUGAUGAACGGCGGUGUCGGUGGCCAAAUGACGACGAUGUUCGGUGUGGCGCGGGCUCCGCUCAAGAGCAGCUUCUCCAUAAACUCCAUUCUGCCGGAAACGAUGAAAUCUUCACCCUCGCAAACCCCAUCGCCCACUCUCCAGUCCUGCCCGUCACCGAUCGGCUCCGAGGAGCAAGAUCACGAUCUGACUGACACGGAAAGUGAUCUCGACGUCACCGGAACACCGCCACCGAUGGAUUGCAGCAGCGGAAAGGACAAAUCGGAUGAGGCGGAAGGUGAGGGUGGUCGUAGUAGUAGCAGCGGAAGCAGCAGCACCUCCAGCCCGGCCAAGGAUGGUAGCGAGAAGAAGGGCAACGAGAAGCCACCGUACAGCUAUAAUGCGCUCAUCAUGAUGGCGAUUCGACAGAGUGCCGAGAAGCGGCUAACGUUGAACGGAAUCUACGAGUACAUUAUGCGUAACUUCCCGUACUACCGGGACAACAAGCAGGGUUGGCAGAACUCGAUCCGCCACAAUCUGAGUCUCAACAAGUGCUUCGUGAAGGUUCCGCGGCAUUAUGAUGAUCCGGGCAAGGGUAACUACUGGAUGUUGGACCCGUCGGCCGAGGAUGUUUUCAUCGGGGGAUCAACUGGGAAGCUGCGACGCCGGUCGACGGCUGCUUCGCGUAGCCGAUUGGCUGCGUUUAAGCGAUCACUCGUUGGUCCGAUGUUCCCGUCGCUUGGGUAUCCCCAAUUUGGACAGUUCCUGUAUCCGUCGCAUGCAGCGCAAGCUCAGACGGCGCUCCUGGCCGCCCAGAUGUACCGCUAUGGACCGUACGCACCAAGUAUGGCACCGAAACCACCGACGAUACCGCUCCCGUUGCCACUCGGUGCCGUCGGCGCUGGGUUCGGGAUGGAUCGGUUACUUGGUGCGGCCGCGGCAGCCGCUAACUCUCCUCCGAUGCACCCGCAAGCCCCACCGUCCUCGAUGGCCAGUCCGGCACAGCAGCAGGCGGAAAUCUACCAAAGACUCCAGUACCACCAGCACCUGCUCCAGCAUCAUGCGGCUGCCCAGCAAGCGGCCGCGGCCGCAGCUGCCCACCAAGCCCAAGCACAUCAUCAGGCGCAAGCGGCCGCUGCUCAUCAUCACCUUCAGCAGCAGCAGCAACAUCACCAGCAACACCAGCAGCAUCACCAGCAGCAACAGUUGAGUCCCACCGGUAGCACCGAUAGUUCCGUGCAUCAUCCUUCCUCUUCACCGCAUCAUCCACACCCGCAACACUCUCCGCUCGGCCAUGCACUUCCGCAGGGCUCACCGACUGGCCACGGUGGUCCACCGACCAUCUUCAAACCGAUCACACUCGUAUCGCGCCAACAGAGCUAGAGAGGAACUCUCUCGUUGGUGGGAACCGUGUGGGAAUUCAUACACAACAAAAAGGCAAACGCCUGACCAGUGAUAGUAGCAUUCGUUAGCAACUUAGGAAGCCAAGUCCCCCCCCUUGCCCUCCAUGUUUUGUGUUUUGUGGUGGAUCAGGACGAAGGAGCAGCCAGUAGCUAGCCAGCUGUUAGUGUUAAUCGCGAAACCGAAGCUGUGACUUAAUGAGCAAACGAAAGAAGGACGCAAUAGUCGGAGUCGAAGGAAGGAGAAAGGGAGUAGGUGCGUGUCUGGGUCGCCUCGAAAGUAUUAGUAAAUUUUAGUUUUGCCUUUACCUGCUCUAAGUCUAAGCAAAUUAGUUGUAGUACAAUGUUUUCGGAGCUUAUCCAGAGACGCGCGUUUUAAGGGUUGCUGUACAUAAUAAGGAGAUUCAGAGAGUGAAGGAUUAAGUUAUAAAAAAGUGAGAAAAUCUGAGCGGGAGCAAAUGGGUGAAGAAAAUGUGAAAAUAU